AUGGGUCAUAUUAAGAAAAAUUGCAGGGUCAAGCAGAAUCAGCCACAACAACAUCAUGCACAGCAGGCAAAUUUUGUUGAAGAGUCGGAAAAGGAAGAAGAAAGCUUGUUUAUGGCUUCUCAUAAAGAAAACACAAGCAACAAAUCCUCAUGGUUCAUAGACAGUGGAUGCACGAGUCAUAUGUCACAAAUGAGCUCUUGUUUCACACACUUGACAAGUCGUUCAAAGCUAAAGUUAGGAUGGGAAAUGGUGAAACAGUCGAUGCACAUGGAAAGGGUUCAGCUGCCUUUCAAACUACACAAGGGCAAACAUUGUUUGGUUUUUGACUCUAAAGAUAGUUUGAUUGUUAAAGUAGAAAUGGUGGAUAAAUCUUUUCCUUUAGAUGGGAAGUUUGAUAGUGCAAAUUUUGCAAGUAUGGAUGACUCAUGGUUGUGGCACAAAAGAUAUGGGCAUUUUAACUAUGCUACUUUAAAGUCUAUGUAUGAGAAAGACUUGACUAAAGAAUUACCUGAGAUCUCACUGUCUAAAGAAGUUUGUGAGGCAUGUCAGAUGGGUAAGGUACACAGUAAAUCAUUUCCUAAAAGUGCUACUUGGAGGGCAACUGAAAAACUUGAACUAGGUCACACUGAUGUGUGUGGACCUAUGCAGACAUCAUCUUUAGGAUAA